AUGGAUUUCACAACGUUCGCAACAAUCGCAAACAUUACGACAAUGGAAACUAUCACUAAAGUGUCAACUUUAGCAAGCUCGCCUACACUCCCCCCUCACGACCUUGCUCCCACUACCCCUCCUACGAAGAUUCUAAGCCCCGCCGCGGCAAUGGGCAUAAUAGGAGGGUUCUUUGGUCUUUUGGCCCUUACUUUUGUGAUCACUGGCAUAUUCAUUUAUAAACGUCGGCCAGGUAAAGGGGCAGAUGCAGAGCCCAUUGAGAUGCUCAAAACAGUUGUGUCUCGCUCGUAUCGCAGCUAA